GGUAUAAACCGUGAAAGCUUGCUCCAUUCAAAAAGCUAAGAAGCUAAUAGUUGAAGAAGAAACAGUUUUCUUAUGAGCACUUAAUAUCGCAGUUUAUUGAGUUGUAUUGUUCGGGGGGCUCUUCAUCACCGUAACUCCAAAAAGAAAUGGCCGCGGAUUGGUUGGGUAGUUUGGUGUCAAUUAACUGUGGACCAACGCUGGGAGUCUACCAGGGAGAAGUAUCAUCUGUGGACCAGUCCAGCCAAACCAUCUCCUUAAGACAGCCUUUCCACAAUGGAGUCAAGUGUCCCGUGCCAGAGGUCACAUUCAGUGCCAUUGACAUAAAAGACCUAAAGAUUUUAGAUUUUAGAAAUGACAAUAGUCGGACUACCUCUGCUGCACCUGCAAAGGUAACCAGCGCACCGGUUGCAGUCCCAAAGGGUGACCCUAGAUCUGUGGAGAAACUGAACUCUCCACAGCACUGCUCUAAAAGUUAUGGAGAGCGUCAUCUGGACAUACCUGGCCAGCCUAAAGGAUUCCGUCGAAGACAUAACUCCUGGUCAGCCAGUAAUCGAGGGGUAAAUCAAGUGACGCCGAAGAAGAAUGGGGUGAAGAAUGGCCAGAUGAAGCAGAGAGAUGAUGAGUGUUUUGGCGACGGCGUGGAUGAUUUCCUGGACACAGACUUUGAUUUUGAAGGAAACCUGGCUCUUUUUGACAAAGCAGCAGUUUUCUCAGAGAUUGACAUAUCGGAGCGUCGUAAUGGUGCGAGGUCACGCGGUACACCUCAGGAGCAGACUCCUACUCGGUACCGGCAUGAUGAGAACAUCCUGGAGGCCAAACCUGUUGUGUACAGACAGAUUACUGUACCGCAGCCUGGGGCCAAAGAAUAUUGCACCGACUCUGGACUUGUUGUACCGAGUAUAACCUACGAACUGCACAAGCGUCUGUUGUCUGUUGCUGAGCGCCAUGGUCUGUCACUGGAGAGGAGACUGGAAAUGACUGGAGUGUGUGCCAGUCAGAUGGCACUUACAUUACUAGGGGGGCCAAACAGAUUCACCCCGAAGAAUUUGCACCAGCAUCCCACGGUGGCACUGCUGUGUGGCCCUCAUGUUCAGGGAGCUCAGGGCAUCAGCUGCGGUCGCCACCUGGCCAAUCACGAAGUGGAGGUCGUCCUGUUUCUGCCAAACUUUGUCAAAAUGCAUGACGCCGUGACCAGCGAGGUCACCCUCUUCAACAAAACUGGUGGCAAACAGGUGUCCAGUAUCAAAGACCUCCCUGACACCCCUGUGGAUCUAAUCAUUAACUGUCUGGACUGUCAUGAGAACACAUUCCUGAUGGAUCAGCCUUGGUACUGGGCAGCUGCAGACUGGGCGAAUCAGAACAGAGCACCAGUGCUAAGCUUAGAUCCCCCUGCUAGCGGCCAGGGGCAGGCAGUCGAAGCCAAAUGGUCCCUCUCACUUUGCCUUCCACUCCCCUUAGCUGAAGGGGCUGGCAGGGUCUACCUGUGUGACAUAGGAAUUCCUCGCCAGGUGUUCCAGGAAGUGGGAAUCAAAUACCAUUCUCCCUUUGGCUGCAAAUUUGUCAUCCCCUUGCAUUCGGCAUAACGGGUCAGAUGGUCAACAUCUCACGUCACGUUGACAGAUUAAAUCUUUUAUCUUCCAUGACCAUUUGGGUUUUGGCGCCUUAUAUUCCAGAGUUAGAUCUGUUUUUCCAGUUUAUCUGUGAAAUUUCUAACACGGCGUGUGCAAACGGAUCUUUUUCCUCAUACUGAAGGACCAGUGGUGAUGCAUCUUACAGUAGCGUAGUAGGAUUAAGUGCAUAUAGAUAGAGAUAGGGGGGAAAAAUGUAAGCAUUUCUGAAAAUACAGACUUUUGGAGGGUAUAGCAAGCAGUUUAAUAAGAUUGCUAAUAAGUCAUGUUAAUUCAUAAUGAUAACCAAAGUGUCAAAGAAUGCAACAUUAGAGCCAUUUUAAAGAGGGAAUACAGAAGAACAGUGCUGGUUUCAACUUUUUAUGUUAAAGUUUCUCUUGCUCUCAGUUCAAACAUAAAUAUGGUGUCAUGCACACCAUAUCUGCAAUAUGUGCACAGCACUUGUGGCAAAGAUCAUUGUCAGCGUUGUCUCAGACAAAGUCUAACCACAUUUAGUUCUCUGUGAUGUAGUCACGAAGAACACGGCAUCUGGUUGUCUUUGUGUAUGUGCUGCAGAGAAGAGCGUCUGCUCUAGCCCUCACACAUACUCAGAGCUCCUGGUUUGGGAAAAAUGGCUUCAUCUUAUUGUACAAUACAUGCAGUGUCAGUGGCAUAUAAUGUUACGUCAUGUUUUUGCUGUUUAGGGCUAUCUUUUGUGAGCUCUCAAAAGGCAUGAGACGUGCAGUCAUAAUCCUCUUCACACUUGUCUGUUAUAAUGACUGCAUACAUUCAGACUUGCGCCAUGUUGAAAGUAUGAUAUGUAAAUGUUAGUCUGUUUUAGAUUGCUGCAGGGACUUUUAUGAGUAUGUGACUGUGUGCUUGUUCAGACAUGAAGUUGACACAUUAAGAUGCUGACAGCUUAAUGGCUGUAAGGGACUUUAAUGUUCAGAUUUAAAGUGAGUAGGACAAUCACUGAUUUAAAACAGGAAAGUUUUGAAAGUCAUGGCAAUCUAACUUUCUUUCAAAGCACUCCAGUGAUUAGACGCAGAUCCAUCUCGGUGUACACGCAUGAACAGUUUUCACACGUAUUGGGAUCUGACGGCUUACAGUUAAGCUUAGGCUGGUCUUUCCAUUGCUGCCUGCAGUACUUUGCCACAUUCUGUCACUGUUAUGUAAUGCUUUGGUGGGAAUUAAGCUUGUAAUAUUUGUCCUAAAUAUAACAAUGUGUUCAAAUACAAGGGCAGCAGAUUACAACAGCUUUUUUGUCUCUUCGGCAAAUUAUAUUGUGAUGAUAAGGGCUCUGGAAACAUGGCAUGUAAAAUAGAUGCAGUCAUACCUUUUCAUGAUAAUUUAAGGGGAAAUAAGUUUUUUAAACUUUGGUACAGUUAUCGGAUGAAGGGCUUUACUGUUGUUUGAAAGGCCCAAAAUUCUAUUUGUACAACUCAUGCAAAAUCUUUAUUGCCUCAUUGAAUGCCAACUAGAGUUUAGAUUUGUUAAAUAUAUUUUUCAUACAGCGUCUGUUGUCUUUCAGCCAUUACUGUAUUAUGGAGAAAAUAUUCAGUAGACUGCAGACUAAGUACUGAUACCAUAUUCUCUCACAGUGAACAUUCAAGUCUGCUAAUUCUUGGCGAUGUUGGGUUGCUGUUGCCCGUUUAGCUUAGUAGUACAGAUUGGAUUCAAAAGCCAACUUUGCUUUACACAAUCAAAAAUGGUGCAGACUUGAUGAGGUCAAAGCGAUUGCACAACUUGGGCAAGUUUUUGCAGUAUUGCAUGUUUCAUAUGCAGAAGUUAAUAGAAGUCUGUCAAAGCGGAGCCCGAAGUGACACAAUUAUAAGUGACACUUUGGCUAAAAAUAAGUCCGACCGAACAGGUUGGAGUGAUAUUUUUUUUUUACCAAAUGUUACUUUCUGUGUGGUGGGAUUCAAAUGUAUUUCAAUUCAUUUGUGCUGAUGCAGCGUCCUGCACUUGAAUACUUUCUAGGAACCAAUAAAAUUGGCUUAAAAAAGAAAAAAGAACUCCAGGAUUGGACAAUCGUGGAAAUCACAAAAUAUUCUUGAUUCUUGUGUUCACGCUUUUAUUUCAGGACAUUAAGCUGAUAUUUAACAAUACACUAAAUCACAAACUGUGAAGUUCAUGUGCAGCUGCUUUUUUUUUUCUUUUCUUUUUUCUUUGAUGCCUUGAUGGAGGCAUGUCUACUCAGAUCUUUCAAGCAAUGAAUGUAACCAUUUGCUGCUUGUGAAAUACCACAUUGAUUUGAAAUGUGUCCAGAAGUGUAUUACGUUGAGGUUACCAAUCUGUGUCGGAUCUGCAUAGCUGUUCUCUAACAUGCCCUUAUUUGGAGUUGGAUUGUGUAUUCUUUGACAUUGGUGUAAGAAAGGCUAAAUUUAAGCAGUCCACACCAUCUGAGGAUUUUUUUUUUUUCAAAGUCAUUGUAAUUGUUUCUUUUGUGUAAAUUAAUCUGCACAGACUUCAUGUACCGAUUUGCCGAAAGUUACUUUCAUACUUAAGGAUUUUGUCCUUUCGCUAACAUUCCUCUGGCUGCAUGUGUUAUGUCACAUCUGUUGAGACAAGUCUGGCUUGGAAACGUCAUCAGCCAGCGUUGCUGAAUGUGAAUAAAAUGAGUUUAGUUCGUCUUUGGCCACUAGGGGGCAGUAAAUCAAACUUUUAUGGUGGUUCCCUUUUGUUCUGCUGUAAUGACAACUUUGUGUACUUAACACUAUUUUCUCAUCAACGGCAACAAAGAAAGGAUUGUAUAUCAAUAAAAUGUGAACAGUCGAAGAACUUGGAUCAGUCUGACUUUUUACAGGAAAUAUGUUUGUACAAGUCUUUUUUUUCUUUUUCUUUUUUUUACAGCAGGUGGGGAUUCCCUCCUCCCCCUGCACCCCCAUUUUUCUUUUCUUUUUAAUCAUUUAUAUGUCUUAAAUGUUAAGAGCAGACAUGCAUAUUAACUCGAGAAAUAUAUAGACACGUAACUUUGCAACACAGGAUUUGUUUUUUUGGUGAGUUCCCUUUGAAGCCUCAUGUGCAAAGUGCUGCUUAGUCUUAAUAUGU